AUGGCGGAAAAAUCAGUGUUCAAGAAGUCUACGCUGGUUUGGCUCCCUAUCAUAUGGGUUAGUGCUCCGACAGAACCUGCAAGUGCAGCUUUUCGGGUCAGUUCGAAACCAGAUAUUCUCACAGACAUGCAGCGCUCGGUUGCUUCAAAAACUUUAAACAUUGAUCAAUCUAAAAUGCUAGAUUUUUUGAGGCCGGGAGGAGAAUCAUGA